AUGCUGAAAAAGGGCAAACAGCGCCUAUUCAGUAACACGUCCACCUCCUCAUAUCCACAAGCACCAGCACCAGCACCCUCAUCACAUCACUCAUCAUCUCCCACGCAAACAUCAUCAGACGGUGGCACACAGAAAGUCACAAAGCAACAGGCGCGACGCGCCCAGGUCCGAUCGGCUCAGAUCAGACACAGACAGCGCAAGGCCGAUCACCAGAAGGAGCUCGAAUUCGAUGUUAGCCGCUAUCGAGGUCUGAUCGCCAGUGCGCGGGACGACGCGGAGGGCUUGCGCAAGGAAAACGAAGCAAUGAUGACAGUGCUCUGUGAACUAGGUGUAUGCAACACUCAGCAGGCCGGCAGUGGGAAGGUAACGCCGGAAUUGCUCAGAGGUGUCCAUGGCGAGGACGUAGCGGUGUGUCUGAAAUAUGACGAGAGCCUCGACUCGGCCUGCUUGCAGAUCAGCAGCACACCCCCGAGCCUGGUGACAGCAUCAACUACAGCGCCAAGCACCGUGAGUAAUGAAUCAAUGACGAGGCAACAAGAGGACGCUGCCAUCAACUUUGUACUCGCCCUGGAGCACGUGUGCUGGGAUCACUAUAAAAUGGGCGACUUUGCCCAUCAUGCGGAGCCAGCCCUCACUGGGAACGACGAUGACGGGAACCAGGGACAUCAUCUCAUGGCCACCGCGCUCUGCAUGGAUGGUGCACCCGCUGAAGUGUACGGCUCGAGAACAGAGUUUUCUCCCAGACACCGCACGUCGAUACCGUUCCUGUCACGACGACAGGCGGUACCAUCGCCUUCGCCAGGGCUCCGGUGGGAGGCGUCUGGCAUCUCGCUCUACAAUCUGCGGGGAUUAGCCGCGUCGCUGAACCCAGGACCGGAGGAGUUGACACCAGUGCAGGCGUGGUUCGAACUGGCCGAGCGGUACUCGCCGGUGACGUUGGUGGAGAGCGGCAUGUUGCAUGAUCUUCAGGUACAGCUCAAGGGUGUAGUUCGUUGUGUGAGCUUUGGCGCAGCCAUGGAGAGGGCCGCUUUCGAAAGUGUGGUUGAGCGCGUAGUACGGCAGCACCGACAAAUACAGUGA